AUGGCAGACACGAAAGGUCAGGCAAACGGAAUUGCUCCGGCCAAAAGGGCUCGGACAACUAUCCAGCGGCCGGUCACUGUCGUUCUGGGUGCUCAAUGGGGAGACGAAGGAAAGGGCAAAGUAGUGGACAUGUUGGCAACAACAGCUGAUGUGGUCUGUCGUUGUCAGGGAGGUAACAAUGCUGGACACACGGUGGUUGUUGGAGAAAAGGCCUAUGACUUUCACAUGCUACCCAGUGGUAUAAUUCAGCCAGAGUGUAUCUCUGUUUUAGGCAAUGGGGUGGUCAUUCAUUUACCUGAUUUGUUCCGUGAAAUUGAAAAAAAUGAAGCAAAAGGCCUUGAUGAUUGGAAAAAUAGAUUGAUCAUCUCCAACAGAGCUCAUCUUGUCUUUGACAUGCAUCAAGCUGUUGAUGGGAUGCAGGAGCGGAAACGAGGCAAAGACAGUAUCGGGACAACAAAGAAAGGCAUCGGCCCUGCAUAUUCAUCAAAGGCCACUCGAAAUGGUAUCCGUAUCUCUGAUCUCAUGGCUGACUUUGACUUCUUCGCUGAGAGGUUUCGCAAUUUGGUAGCCCAGUAUGAGCUACAACAUGAGGAUUUAGAAAUUGAUGUGGAUGCAGAAUUAAAGAAAUACAAGGAAUUUGCCAAGAGAAUUGAACCCCUGGUAAAGGAUACAGUAACAUUCAUGAGCUCUGCCAUUAAUGAAGGAAAAAACAUUCUUAUUGAAGGAGCAAAUGCCACAAUGCUGGACAUUGACUUUGGGACCUACCCAUAUGUGACCUCGUCUAACUGCACAGUGGGAGCUGUGUGUACGGGGCUAGGCCUCCCCCCUCAGGCUAUAGGAAAUGUAUAUGGGGUAGUAAAAGCCUACACAACCAGGGUGGGGGAUGGGGCAUUCCCAACAGAACUAAAAGGGGUAGGAACUGGGGAAAAACUGCAGAUGAUUGGUCAUGAGGUUGGAGUGACUACAGGUAGACGUCGUCGCUGUGGUUGGUUGGACUCCAUCAUGCUGAGAUACUCGAAUAUGAUUAAUGGCUUCAGUGCGAUAGCCUUGACAAAACUGGAUAUCCUUGACACAUUUGAAGAGGUGAAGAUAGGAGUUGCGUACAGGAUAGAUGGAGAAAUAAUAGACAGUUUCCCAGCUCAUGACAAAAUAUUAAGCAAGGUGGAAGUGGAUUACAUCACUUUACCUGGCUGGAAAACAGCGAUAGGUGAUGUACGACAGUUUGAGGACCUACCUGUCAAUGCUAAGAAUUAUGUAUUGAAGAUAGAGGAAUUGCUGGAUGUGCCAGUGAAAUGGGUAGGAGUUGGCCAGUCCCGAGCUUCAAUGAUUGUUAGAUUUUAAACUGACUGUGUUUUUAAACAAGGUUAUCUGCUGGCACAUCUUGCACAUGGAUCACUUGUGUCAGCAGAUAUCCAAGAUACUUUCUGGAUAACAUUCACACUUAAUCUUUGGAUGUCCACUGUGAUUCUGGGAUACAGAUGUGAUCUGUGCUUGCCUGUGUGUGAUUCUGCUGCUGAAGUAAACAUUGAAUGUUAUGAUGAUGAUUGACCCAAAUCAACUGCUGGGAAAUGGUCAGUUGUUACAAUAUAGAGAUGGGAAGAAAAAAGUUGUGGUACAGAGUAUUUUGCGCAACAUGGCUACUAUUCCAUUUUUGGAAGGUGAUAAAAUAUUUUUCAUAUCUGGUAAUGGUCAGUGAUCUUAUGUUUUUAAAUAAAAGAGGGUGAAUUUUUAUUGGAUCCAUAUUUUGUCUUAUCCCUAACUUUAAUGUUUGGUGUAUGUGAGGUGGCAUUUUAAAAGGGUAGUGAGAUUACCAGUGCCAUUAAAUUUGUUAUGUUUGAACCGUUUUGUUUGGUGGGAUGGAAGGAAGGAAAGACUGUCCAGUUACUUGGUGUGUAGACCAGAAAGACUUAGGACAUUAUCAAACUGGUGGUUUAUAUUUUUCCAAUCAUGGAUAAAGACAGAGACAAUUUUUAUAAUUAUGUGAAUUCAGAGUCAGUUCUGAAAGAUUGUAGGGGAGUUAUGCUUUUGAUGAGUACCUAAAUAAUUGAAGUACAUGUGAACUUAUUUUUUUGCCGUUAGUAGUGUGAAAUGUGCAUUUCUUGCCAUAUAUGUAGCUUGUCCCAGAGACCCUGGCAGAACGUUAUACAGAUGACAGAAGUUCACGGAAAAUAGGUUUUAGAAGUUAGACUGAAAUACAUGUAGCAAGAAAAAAAAAGACCACUUUCACAACUCUUCAUGAAUUCUCUUCUUUGAGCUGUUAAAAUUUUUUGAAGUUACACCGCUAUGUGAUUUACAGAAACAUUUGUAUUUACAAAGUUUUGUGAAAGGGAGUCCACAGAAAUAGGGUUAUCAUUUUUCAAUUUUUGAAAUUUACCCAAUUUUGUUUGCUUUAAUAACAAAGUGAUGUUUUCUAGCAUGUUUUAUAUACUAGCUCUUUAAUGCAGUCUCUGUUAUCUUUCUGUUCUAUCAUUUGCAAGUUUUUGGGUAUACGCUGUAAAACAUGUACGUCAAGUGGGAGAUAUUCAGUGUAUGAUGGAAGUAAGAGAGAUGCCCCUGGGCUGGGAUGAACACCUGUUGCUGAAAUACAGCUCAAAUUCUGCUGACAUGAACAAGAAAACACUUGUACGCCAGAUUAUCCCUCUGAUCUAAGUCUAAUGAAAAUAAUGAAAAAUGUUUGAAUCAGAUCUGUUAUAUAUUUGUGUAAAACACUUGUGUACUAAAUGGAUUGUCCUGGGAAUGGCUGCCAGUUGAUCAGGAAAUACUGGAGAUCUGUUGAUACGAUUGGCAGUGUACAACUUACACUAAAUACACAUCACACGUACACAUGUUUACUUACAGUGUGUAUUGUGUGUUCCACUCAGGGGUUCAUUUAUGGAUAUAGUAAUACAACACAACAGGAUGAGAGACCUACAUGCAUUUAUGUUGAAACUAUCAUAUGCCAGGCUAAAUGUUGGCUUCAUGAAAAAAUUGUGAAAUACCACUGCUUGUCUGCUGCCACCCAUGCAGUGGAGAACAUUAUUAGUGGGCCAUUGUGGCACAAAAUAACUGGUCAGAUAAUAUCUUAACUGCCAUAACUUUUGUUAUGUGGAUUUUUAACAAUUGAGGUGUUUAAUGAAAUAUUUGUGAAGAAAAGAAAGUCAAUAAAGUAGGCCUCAGAACUCUGUUGUCUCCUUAUAUACAUGUACCAUGUGUAUGUGAACAAAGUUUUAUCAAUAAAAGAUCUUCAGAACUGGU